UGUCGCAAUUAAAGGAAAAGUUAAAAUUGUAAUACAUGAUUUGUCAAAUACGUUUCGUAAUAAAAUUGUCUGACCAUGUGUUUUAUUGAUUUACGACCUUUCAAUAAAAUUUUGAAAUGACUUGGUAUAAAAGACUUUCAAUUUCUUUACAAUAGCGCAAUCUCCUUACAGCGGAAGAAGAUAAUCAAAAUAUCAGAAAGAUGAAGUCAGUCAUUCUCCUUGCACUUUUUGGUGCCGUUAUGGCAAUCGGUAAAGGUGGUAGUGGUGGUUACGGAAGUGGGUACGGUGGUGGAUACGGCGGAGGAUAUGGAGGUGGUUACGGCGGUGGAAUGGGAGGAGGAAUGGGUGGUGGGUCUGGAGGAGGAGUUGUAAUCGUCUCUGGAAGCGGAGGGGGAAUGGGUGGUGGAGUCGGUGGCGGAAUUGGAGGCGGUGUAGGUGGAGGUAUCGGUGGUGGAGUUGGCGGCGGAGUAGGUGGUGGUAUCGGCGGUGGUGUUGGCGGCGGUGUAGGAGGAGGUAUUGGAGGUGGAAUGGGCGGAGGCUCCGGAAGUGAAUUUUAUAUUUUAUCUGGCGGCGGGAGCGGAGGUAGUAUGGGUGGCGGCAUCGGCGGUGGUAUGGGAGGAGGUUUUGGAAGUGGAUUCGGAGGCGGUUAUGGAGGCGGCAUGGGAGGUGGGAAGUACGGAGGUGGGAUGAGCGGAGGAUAUGGCGGUGGUUACGGUGGUGGAUACGGUGGCGGUAUGGGUGGUGGUAGCAGCGGAGGCGUUGUAAUUGUAUCUGAUGGUGGAGUCGGUGGUGGUGUUGGGGGCGGUGUUGGAGGCGGUAUUGGAGGUGGUAUUGGAGGCGGUAUCGGCGGUGGAGUCGGUGGUGGUAUUGGUGGUGGAGUCGGUGGUGGAGUAGGAGGAGGGUUCGGAGGUGGAUAUGGUGGUGGUUACGGGGGUGGAAUGGGCGGCGGAAGUGGAGGUGAUUUAAUCAAGAUCAUAACCAGUGGUGGUAGCGGAAGUGGAUACGGAGGAGGCAUGGGAGGUGGUUUUGGAAGCGGAUUCGGAGGCGGCAUUGGAGGCGGUGUCGGGGGCGGUAUUGGAGGUGGAAUCGGAGGAGGCAUUGGGGGCGGAGUUGGGGGCGGUAUGGGAGGAGGAGUAUCUCUAACCAAAUCAUACAAGAAGUAAAGGAGUAAAGAAAGUCUGCACGAUAUUUCGACUAUGGUUGGUUGGCACAGUGUGAUGUAAUGCUAUGCUGGCAAAAUCGUUAUACCGAUGAGAUUUUAAACACAAUGACUUGUUAUCAAACCAUGCUUUCUUAUAUGUUGUAUUGUUAUUUUAUUUUCUUCUGCUGUUUGUGUGUUGACUCUUUAUCGACUCGACGUAUAUAAAGCCUAUGAAAUACA